UGUUGUAUAACAUGAUGUUUUGGUGCUUAAUUUGUAAAAUCAUAACCUAAUUUGAUGUUUAAUAGGCUUUUCCUUAGUGCCUCCUUAUUAUCCAACAUAUUCGCUUAUCCAACAUUCUGCCGGCCCGUUUAUGUUGGAUAAGUGAGACUCUACUGUAGUCCUUUCCUCUUGUCUGGAACUGUGUCUUCCAAAGCUGGAGAAUUUCCAUCCUUAUCUCCUACAUGGAGAUGACCCAUGGAUGCCGGGACUCAAGGACAAGUCCUGAAAUCUGUCAACUCUUUUGCCAUGAGAUGGACACUCUUAUUCUUUCCAGGAGGCAAGGGUUUUGGUGGGGAUUAGCGGGGCCUUUGCAAUCCUAAUGGUGGAAAAGCAGAUAAAGGCCAUUGAAUGUACACACAUGACAUGUAUCUUGGAAAGAAAAUGGCCACAAUUUUAUUGGUUAUCACUGCAGUAUUUUGGUACAGCCUUUUGCAUCUAAAGCUGAGUUAUAGUUAAACAUUUCUUUUUUGUAGUGUUUUUAAAAAAAAUAUUUUAGAUUGUUUUUUUUAUCCUGACGUGACCAAGUACUAGCCUUACUUGCAAAUGCAUUGUGUGAAAAAAAGAAGAAAAUAGGGUGAAGUUUGCAUAAAUUUGUAUUGAUUUAUAGGUGUCAGAGGAAAUGUAUAAAUAAUUACUGUAAUUUAAAAAGGAAUGUCGCAGCACAAUAAAGUAAGGAUUUCAAAGGCAUUCAUCUCAGAACAAAUAAGGUGCAGAGCUAGCAGGGGGGCAUGGAUUGCAUGACUUAAUUUGCUCUGAUGCUUGGGGGCAGUUUUUGCAUGGUCUGCUGGAAACUCAAGGCAACCAAAUCGGUUCCAGCUGUGAUUCCUUUCAGGUCAACAGGAAGGGCCUGAGGUAGCAUUUCUUGGGAGAUUGUCUGUGCAAAUAUUUAGGGGAAUUGUACUGACAGAUGAAGAGAUGUCAGAACUUGCAGCUGGAAACCUCAGAGUUUCCACUUCUAUUUUACAUGGGGCAAACUCCAGUAAAAAUAAUAGAAUCAUAAAGUUCAGGGGAACCCCAAGGACAAUUUAUUCUAGUGGUUCUCAACCUGUGGGUGCCCAGAUGUUUUGGCCUUCAUUUCCCAGAAAUCCUAACAGCUGGUAAACUGACAGAUUUCUGGGAGUGUAGGCCGAAACAUCUGGGCACCCACAGGUUGAGAGCCACAGAUCUAGUUCAAUCCCACCAUGAAUGGAAACACAGCUAAAACACUCCUGAGAGAUGAUCAAGCAACUUUUGUUUGAAGACCUUAAGUGAAGAAGAGUUCACCAUUCUCCAAAGUGGUCUGUUUCAUUGCUGAAUAGCUCGUUGUCAGGAAUUUCUUCCUAAUGGUUAGGUAAAGUCUUGUUUUUAGUUAUUUUAAUCCACUGUUUUGUGGCAUAAUCUCCGGAGCUAGAGAAACAAGCUUGUUCCAUAUUCGAAUAAUAUCCCUCUAGAUCAGUGUUUCUUAACCUGUGGGUCCCCAGAUGUUUUGGCCUUCAACUCCCAGAAAUUCUAAGAGCUGAUAAACUGGUUGUGGUUUCUGGGAGUUGUAGGCCAAAACACCUGGGGACCCACAUGUUGAGAACCUCUGCUCUAGAUAUUUAAAGAUGUCUCCUCUCAAUCUUCUUUAAUACAAGAUCCUUCAGCCAAACUUCCCUAAGCUAUCCCUCCCAGCAAUCCUUUUAUCAACUUGAUUGCUCUUCAUUGGGCAUGUUCCAGAUUUUCAAUAAAUGUCUUGAAUUGUGUUGUCCAGAACUGUACACAGUACUGUGCAGAAAAUAAUAAUGGGAAAGAGGUCAAAGAAGAAAAGAGAUAGAAACCGGUAUUCGCGUAUGUGUAUUAAUUUUAUCCCACCCUCUCAGUGACAUAGGACAGAUUAUGUGUUUCCCUUUUAAAACAACCUUUUGCCUUUGCUCCAGGCAAUAUAGUUUUGGGGCUCUGAAAGGACAUCACACAGAUAGCUAUUUUAUUUUUAAUUGUUGUAUUGUUGUAUUUGUAUUGGCCAGAAGUGAGGGAGAUUCUUAACGAACAUUUUUGCCUUAGCAGUCCAAAUUCGUUGAUCAACUUAGCACUCUGUGCUUCUUCACUUUACAUUUCUAGUAGCCUUUGGACAUUUUACCUGCCGACCAGGUAAGACUAGGAGAAAGUUGAUAAAGAAAGGGUUACUCAACUGUGCCACCAGUGAUAGACCCCAUGUCAUUGAUGCGCUAAGGCAAAUCCGUGUUAAUGAAGUUUCUGAAUAGGUUAGCCAACUUUAAAAUUCCCUUUAAUUUGAAGUAGAUAAGACUAAUAUGUCUGAUAGCCAUAUUAAAGGAGCACUAUCACCCCCUCUAAAGCCAUCCAAAACAUGGACUUGAGUCAUUACUCCAUUGACAUGAGAGCCACUAGCUAUUACUUUGUGACAGAUAUUCUGUUCAUAUAUUUGCACAGAUAUUCUGUUCAUAUGUAUUUAUAUUUAUUUAAACAUUUACCUUGGCACUGGUUUUAAAAGCCCAAAUUUUCUAUUGUUAUUGAUAUUUAAUGUAUUUAUUUGCACCAAGGACAAUGAUUUCAACCCAGUUUCCUGGACUCCAUUGAUGUUAGAAAAAUUGCUCAAGACAUUGUGUUUGCUAGCAUUUGCUUUUGAAACUCUAAAGGACUUAAGGGACAACUUCACCACAAAAUCUAGACAAUAUCUCUCUCCCUGCUACACAUAGACUGUGGCACUCCAGAUGUUUUGUUUGAAAUAAGCUUCAUUGACCUGGAAUAUUAAAGUGCACAAGCACUGUCAUUGAAGCAUGGUUAACGCUUAUGAUAAGCUUUGUUUUGGAAUAUUGGUCUUGAAUUUCAAUGUAUUUCACAUUGCCAGCUGAGUCAUGUAGAGAUAAUAGUUAAAGGUGAAGAUAUAGUAUAAUUUUAAACAUAAAUUCAUCCAUACAUAUCCAUAUAUAUUUAAAUGUAUGUGAGUCUUCCUAUGUGUGAGAUUGGAUUCUUAGAGUAGCUGCAUGAGGAAUCAAAUGUUCUCUGUUUGGGAUGAGCUAAGAUUAAUACAUAUCUGAGUGAUUCUCAACCUUUGGUCUCCAGAUUUCAGAAGACUCAGCCAGGCUGGUCAGGGGCCAGGGACUCCAGGAGGUGAGGUCCUAAAAUGUUGGGAGGGCAAAUGUGAAUGUUUGGUAUUCAACUGUGAGUCCAUGGAGAUCUGAAAGGCUGGGCAUUUGACAUCUCUUGCUCUAUUAUAGAGAAAGAUUUGCCAAGUGUAGUGAAAAAACAUGGGUCAGCUCACAGGAGGAUUUCUCUGUGUUGCUGUACUGUAAGGCUAAGCUGCUUCAUAAGAUAAUGCAGUAGCAAGAGACAGAUCAUGGGACAUCUUUUCUUUCCUCUCUAGAAAUACAAUAAGGUUUAGCUGUUUCAUGAUGCAAUAUAGGAGACAGAUGCUGGGGCAUUUCUUUCUUGGCCCAGGCACUCAAUCGUCCACAUCUGGAAUUAUUGCCUGAAAGACCAGAGUAAACUGCAUUGAACUCAGUGGGAUAGAUUUGUGCCACAAAGCUAUGCAAGAUUAAAUCUUUGUUUAAAUAUGUCAGUUAUGUAGAUCAGAGGAGUUGAUAGUGUGAUGUAACAACAAAUAUCAAAUGCAAUUCAAAUCCGAAGCAACAGAAAAAUGGUUUCUCGAUCAAGGGAAGACAAGAGGAUCAGUCUAUUCUUCUUUAGACCCUCACCUUGAGCUUCGAGUUCUGUUCUGGGAACUGCAGUUUAAGUAGGAUACCAGCAAGCAAACCAUCAGAUAUCCAAAAAUGAAUAGCCAGGAUGGUAAAUAGUCUGGAACCCCUAUUGACCUGUGACAAAAAUUGAGGGAGUUGGCAAUAUUUAAUCUAAAGAAGACAAGACUAAUAUAUCUGUAGCCAUUUGUAAAUAUCAGAAGUGUGAGGAAAGUGGAACAUGUUCUUUUUCUGAUGUUUCAGAGGAAAGCAACCAAAUCUGAAUUUAAAUUACGUGUGAGAAGGCUCUGAUUAAACAAUAGGAAGAGUUUCUUGGUGGUAAUUGUUGUUUGGCAGUGGAAGAGUUUACUUCGGAAGACAGUUAAUUAUUCUUUGUUGUAGUUUUUAAAACAGUCCUUAGAUUCUCAGGAUUAGCUCUGGUUUCCUGUAUUGAAAAAUUAUUGGGUUACGCGGUUCUUUGGUUACUUCUAAUUAAUUCUGUUUUUUAAAAAUGAGAUUCAGCAAUCAGUUUUUGAGGGGCUGAAAAUAAUUAGAGGCUUCUCACAAAUUUCUGAGUUCCUAAACUGACUUGCUAUAUGAGUUGCUUUGACUUACAGCAAUCUAAAGCAAGCAUUUCACAGGGUUUUCAUGGCAAGAUUUGGUUAGAGGGGCUUGCUUUGUCUUAGUCUUCCUCUGAGGCCAAGAAGGUGAGCUCCCAUGGCUCGGCAGCAACUCAAACUGGUCUCCAGAGUUGGAAUAGAAAGCUCAAGGUGCAAGAUUGCACUGUUAGUCAAGGGAGGGAAGGAAAUAGCAGCAUCUAUGGGCAUUAAAAUUCAUUACAUUUCAAGCCUCCUCAUUUCCCCUUCAGCUUCUGGCACAAAGGUCUCUGCGUGUACAUAUCCGUGCUGUAAAGAAGACUAUGUAUUUGUGUAGAAGGAAAAUGACAUCCAGAGAAUACAUUAAUUAUAUUGUCAAAAAUGCCUCACUUUAUUUAAGGGCUUUGCAUUACUAUCCAUUCAGAGGUUAUAAACAGAAACAGCUCUAUAUUCAUGGAAUAGAGAGGAAAUGAUUUGUCCUUCCCUUCCCUGCACUCCCCCCACCAGCUCUUCUUCCUCCGCCCUUCUUUUUCGUCCCUGCUAAUUUGAGGGAAAUUUUUUAUGUGCUGAACAUAAGAUUGGCAGUUGGUGCUAAGUCGAGAACCAUGUAGGCAGAUGCUAUGAAUGCCUCCACGCAGUUUCCCCUUCACUCCGCCUUAGUCCUCACUUGCAGCAAUCUCUCUUUUCCAGAUUGCUCUAGCUGGACCCUCCCUGUCCAAGAUGGCAUUUGUGAUGGACAGAUUCACAGCAGCAGUCUGUUCACUAGGAUUAUGAUUGUUUGGGAUGUUGCCAUUUGUUCCCUCUUUUUGAGAGACAACUUUGUGAUACUCCAGUCUAGACUGAAUUGCAUCCAUUUAGUCUCGUUUCAUUCAACUCCACAUUAAUUUAGGCAUAAAAGUCCAGUGUUGACCAAACUGCUCUAAGACCACCUUGUACGUGAAACCUUAUAGUUGGGUCUGGUGUGGGUUUAUGAUUUCUGCUUCAAAAAUAGAUAGUAAUAAAUGUACUAGUUGGUACAGGUUAAACAUCCUUAUUCAGAAUUCCAAAAAUUGAAAUACAGACAGUCCCCAAGUUGCAAACAUCUGACUUACAAAUAUCUCAUAGUUAAUGGGGAUGAGACAACAGGAAGUGAGAGAAAGCCUUUGACCAUAUGUACAUCCUUUACAAAUAUAUUUAUUUAUUUAUUUACAGUAUUUAUUCCGCCCUUCUCACCCCUUCACACACACACACACACACACACACACACACAUAUGGACCCACAGAUUCUUUAACAAGCACUUUACAAGACUAAGAUCGAUUACUGUUGUAUUUACCCGCAGCAACUGUAUUUUACUGUAUUUAAUCAGGGGACACUGAAGUUGUGAUGUUUUGUGUUGGCUGCUUAUUGUUUUUGCACUUUUUGUAUUUUGCAUGUUGCACCUUGAGUGCUUUGUGAGCUGCCCCGAGUCCCUCUGGGAGAUGGUGGCGGGAUAUAAAUACAGGUGUUGUUGUUGUUGUUAUUGUUGUUGUUGUUGUUGUAUGACACAGCAAUCAACAUAGAUAUGCUGGAUUUCGUAUCACAAAAUCACAAGUCGAACACUUCCCAAGUGUCUAGGACUGUGUGAUGUAUUUUCGGAUGAUGCGCGCAGAUCCCAGCAGGGUGGCCUUUUGCAGUUGGCAGAUCGUAAUUUUGUCAAUGUCUAUUGUUUCCAAAUGCCGAUUGAGAUCUUUUGGCAUGGCACCCAGUGUGCCAAUCACCACCGGGACCAACUGCACUGGUUUCUGCCAGAGUCUUUGAAGUUCAAUCUUGAGGUCCUGGUAGCGGCUGAGUUUUUCCUGUUGUUUUUCGUCAAUGUGACUGUCACCUGGGACGGCAACAUCAAUGAUCCAAACCUUUUUCUUUUCCACAACUGUGAUGUCUGGUGUGUUGUGUUCCAGAACUUUGUCAGUCUGGAUUCCGAAGUCCCAUAGUAUCUUUGCGUGCUCAUUUUCCAAUACUUUUGCAAGUUUGUGAUCCCACCAGUUCUUUACUGCUAGGAGGUGGUACUUGAGGCAUAAGUUCCAAUGAAUCAUUUGGGCCACAUAGUUGUGCCUCUGUUUGUAGUCUGUCUGUACAAUUUUCUUACUAUUUUUAUUAUUAUUAUUAUUACUUACUACUACUACUACUACUACUACUCAGAAGGGAAAUUCAGUCCUGAAAGAGUUAUCAUGGGGAAAAGGUGUCUCCAGUGAAGCUUUAUCACCAAUCAUUACUUCCACAACAAGCCAUAUUUGCUUUUUUGGUGGUUCAGUGUUCAUUUCAUGCACAACAAUUUUUAAAAUAUGGUACAAAAUGACCUUCAGGCUAUGUGUAUAUUAAGUAUCAAUGCCCCAUCUCCAAUUAUCUAUAUGCAUAUACUCCAAAAUCUGGGGGAGGAAUCCAAAAUACAGAACACUUAUGAUCUCAAGCAUUUCAGGGGAUACUCAACCUGUAUUGGACAAAGUUGCUUCCAAGUAAUACCAAGGACAAAAUUUUGUCCUACAAUCAUAACAGAUUACUUGAUGUUUUUAAGAAGUUAAGCCUUGUCUUUUCAGAUUAGAAGUAUGAAAAGCCUAAACAUUCCAUUCACAUAGAAUAAAAUGUUAUCAAAUUAAAAUACAAUUAUAAUCCUGCAAAGAUCCGGUCCAAAAUAUAAAUAUUUUAACACUGCUGAAACCUUGAGAAGAAAAGAGAUGCUUAAAUGGGGAACGAGGCAGUACAAUCUUAGAAAUUGUCAAAGAAUACAGGAAAGAAAAUUGUUGUUUCUGGAUCCAUCCUGUUUAGGAUUUGGUUCAUCCUUUUGCUCCAUAGGACACUCUUGCACAUGCUCUAAGGGAAACCUUUUUCCUGCAAUGACUUUUAAGGGAAAUGAGUCUAUUAUUUGCUGGCAAGCUGCUUGGAUUUUGAACUGAAGCCCUGGUUUUUUGAAGUAGCAAUACUUCUAAAUUACAGAUUAUUCUUGUAUAGUGUUUUGUGGAAGGGGGUCGUGUAUGUAUGUAUUUGCAUGCAUGCACUCGUACAUGUAUCUUGAAUGCAGUAUGGACGGAAUGAGUUCUGACAGUUCAUUGCAUUUCCAUUAAUAUAUGUUUCUCAUCUUUUUCUACCUCCCUCCUGCUACAGCUUUGCAUUCUCCAGUUUGUUGGCAUUCAUCUCCUUUGUUUCACAUACCAGUCUUAUCUUUUACCUAAGCACAGCUUCAGCAGGGAGGAAGAGAGAGAGAGCUUGCAUUUGUCAAGGUUGGAGGGCAAGGUUUCUUCUCUUAGGGCCAGUUUCUCAGCUAAAAGAAUGGGUGGGGGGAACUCUGGGUAAAGGUUUUAUCUCUGUAUCUUAGAAGCUUUGGGGAGCCUUUAGUGGAAGGGAGGGUGAAUCCUGCCUUGACUAUUAAGUAUCCAAGGGCAAUGCUGUAGUUCUUUGGGUCAGCUGUGGCUUGCAAACUGGGGUGGUAAGAACAAAGAGGGGGCAUUCAGUCUGAGAAAAGCAGUCUGGUCAGAUUCUGAGAGCUUCCUCUUCUUCUCGCUGACCCUUGGGCAGGAUUUGUCUAAGGGAAGGAGGAUUCGCCUUUGGAAGAGCUUGCCCUGAUGUCACCAACCCUUGCCAGCCAGAAUCAAUGGGGUAUUAUUGUGAAGCAGAGAUAGCUUCUUGUGUUUUGCUUUUUAAAAAGAGCCAGUAGAAGGCAGGGGAAGAAGAGUGAGUUUUAAAGCAUGAGGAAGCAGCAGUUUCAUUGUACACAAAGAGAGAGGAGUCUUUGAAUCUCUUCUGGUAGGACUAGGAAGCUGGACCUGAAUUCUUGCUCCCGGAAUAUUUCCAAAGCUUGGGAAUCUUAUUUUGGGGAGGACUACCACUUAGGGCCUCUGGUGGCACAGUGUGUUAAAGUGCUGAGCUGCUGAACUUGCGGACCAAAAGGUGCCAGGUUCAAAUCCCGGGAGCGGAAUGAGCACCCGCUGUUAGCCCCAGCUCCUGCCAGCCUAGCAGUUCGAAAACAUGCCAAAGUAAGUAGAUCAAUAGGUACUGCUCCGGCGGUAAGGUAACGGCGCUCCAUGCAGCCAGCCACAUGACCUUGGAGGUGUCUACAGACAACGCCGGCUCUUCGGCUUAGAAAUGGAGAUCAUCAUCAUCAUCAUCAUCAUUUAAUUACUUAUUAAUUGCCCUCCAUCCACGAUGCUCUAGGCGAUUUACAAGAUAAAAUUGUAAAGGAUAAAAAUACAUACAUACAGAUAUUGAUAAAAUUAACAUAGAUUAAAAGCUCUAGUAAAUGAGAUGAGCACCAACCCCCAGAGUCGGUCACACGUCAGGGGAAAACCUUUACCUUUUUUUACCACUUCUGACAGAAUGAUUCUGGAUGCUUUAGUCCAAAAGAAAGAAGAAAAUAAAGAAAGAGAAAACAACAUUUUAUAACUGACUAAUUCUACCUUCAUUACAUCUCACAGUUGUGGAGCUUGUUUCCAAAAGGUACCAAAUCAAUCUGAAAUUUUUUUACAUGAAUUUUAAAAAUAUGACAAAGAUAUGCAUUCUUUUGCUAUGAAAUGCAAUUUUCCAAGCCCUGUACUAAAGUUUUUGGGAAUUAUUGCACCCACUCUCUGGAAUAACCUUUUGGAAAUAAAUGGCAAUCAUAACGUUGUUGAAAAAGAAAAAUGUCACAUCUAUUUGGCAAAUGUGAAUCCCCAUUAACAUGUAGAGACCACCUUUUGAAAACCACUAGUCAAUAAAAGCAUGACCUUGUUAGAAGUCAACUCCUUGAACAAGUGAUAUUCGCAAGCAUUAAUGUAAUGACACACAGGUAACUCAGCUGUUAAAUUGAAGAACCAUGUCUUUGGGCUGCCAAGGACAAAGACAUGCCACUACAAAAAUAUAUUUGGUUACCAGUUGCCCAAAACAUAUAUACUUCCUUAAAACCUUUUAGUUUAAAAUACCCACUCAGAGAUUUUAAAAAACCCUAAGUCUUCUUUUGUUGAAUAACAUACCUUGUUUACUCACAAACAUCUUGUAUUAAUUCACCAUAUAGGCACAUUUCUUAUUAAGGUUCAGUAAUAGAUAGGAUGUAGUUUCUCUUUGUGUUGAGUACACAGGGUAUCAUUCUUAAUCAAUUGUCCGUCGUCUUUAAGUAUAGUUGUAUUCACUGAAAUCCGUAAGUAUACUUCUCUGUUGUCCAAACAGCAAGAAGUAUCCACCUCUACUGAGGUCUGAUGCAAAACUGAAUAACAAAAUGUCUUCUUUGAAAAAUAACAUAUCUUGUUUACUCACAAACAUCUUGUAUUAAUUCACCAUACAGGCACAUUUCUUAUUCAGUUGUAGAUAGAAUGUAGUUAUUUUCUGUAUUAAGUACACAGGGUAUCAUUUUUAAUUAAUAGUCCAUAGUAUUUAGGUAUAAUGUCAUACUUCUCUACUGAAAUCCAAACAGCAACAUGCAUCCACCCCCACUAAUGUCUGAUGCAAACAGAAUACAAAAUGGAGUCCUGUGUCUGAACAUGCUCAGUACAAUCACAUGUCUAUAACUCCUCCCACACCAAAGAGGUACAGUCAAACUGGCAAAACAACAUACACAUAGAAUACAGGUUAGAAUACAGGUUAGCGAAUGUAUACAUUAAUAAAUAAAUAGUGAGAGGCUUGGUAGGUUGCUAUUUCCAACAUGAAGUGAUUUGAUAUAUUUUGAGAGUUUUGAUCUGUACGUAAUAUUCUACUCCUAAUUAAAAAUGUAUUAGUACCUUUUGAAAACAAACUCCAUAAUUAGAGUAUUACCUUGAAGGAUGAUAUAGACCCAAGAGCCUGCAAAACAACUAGUACCAGGAUCCCAAGCUGCACAAUGCUUUCUAGACAGGCGUCUAGCGUGGGAAUGGACCUGGGGUCUGUGCAGUUUUCCUUGCCUGUGUCAAGGGUUCCUGUGUGCUGUAUGCAUCCAGCCAACCCAUUCCUUGGUUUUUCUGUGCUGACAGUAAUUAUAACAGCAUAGGCCUUUAGUGCCGCUGAGUGCAAUCUCAUUGUUGUCAAGUGGGAUCAAGAAUGGCGGGUUAUCUUGCCAGAAGAGUUGCAAUCCCAGCGUCUGUGCACAAAGAAGGGAAUUGAAAAGGAGGGUUCUCUGCCUUGCUAGGAAAGGGGAUAUAUCGGUUGUGUUUGUGUUUGCAAGGUGAGAUGAAGCAAACGAAAAGCAUCCUGCAGCUGCAGUCAUUUUGAUUGGUUCAGGCACUGGGGUCACCGAGGUCACCCAAGGCUCAGUCCCUGCUUCUGUCCUUCCCCCCUUUUCUCUCUUUCUCUCUUUCUCUCUGUAUCUUUUCUUCUCCAUCCUGCCCUCCCUCCCCUUUAAUCCUGGUGUGUGAGAGGGUGUGUGUGAGAGAGAAGGAAGGAGUGCGUGGCAGAUAGAUGCUCCGCUCUGGAGAGAGUGGACGGAUGGCAGAUUCCACACACGCCCGGCAGCCUUGGAUGCUUUCUUUUGCCUCCUCUUCUGGCCGCAGGGAUGGCUCUGAUCCAGAUAGGAGUGAGGAGAAGCCCCUCAAAAGAGCCUUCUACAUAGUGAGGAUGAAGCCACUGAAGGAGCCUGUUACAAACAACAACAACAACGUGUCGUUUGUGAUACACUGUCACAUAGGCAAGGAGAUCAAACACAUAUGCAGCAACUGCAGUCGCGGGGAAGAAGCCCGUGACGCUGAAGAAGUGGAGAGACUGGCUGCAAUGCGCUCGGACUCGCUGGUUCCCGGGACGCACACCCCUCCGAUUAGACGGAGAAGUAAGUUUGCCACUCUAGGACGAAUUUUCAAGCCCUGGAAAUGGAGAAAGAAGAAGAGCGAGAAGUUCAAGCACACAUCAGCAGCACUUGAAAGAAAAAUAUCAAUGAGGCAAAGCAGGGAGGAGCUUAUCAAGCGAGGAGUGUUGAAGGAAAUUUUUGAUAAAGAUGGGGAGCUUCCUAUACAACAUGAAGAAGGGUCUUUGGAGAAUGGCCAGGCUUUGAGUUCCAGCCAGAUUUCACUCCCAGCCCUAACUGAAUUGGACCAGUGUUCAGCUCCUGGAGAUUCUUGUACAUAUGAAGUACUCCCAAAUCCAGAGAUUAUGGAUGGAACAGUGUCCGAAGAGAGUCUCACGCCCAGUGAAUCUGGAGUCCACCUAUCUCAAGAUCCUUCAUCUAAACCAGUCUUGCUACUCCCCCCUAAAAAAAUUGCUGCUUUCUCUGGAGACCAUGAGGACACCCCAGUGAAACAGCUCUCCCUCAUCAAACAGCCCCCUGCCCUGCCUCCUAAACCUAUUGCCAGGAUUGCCAACCACUUAGCAGAUCCUGGUGGUCCCAUGAAACUGCCUUGUAUGCCAGUCAAACUGUCGCCUCCGCUACCUCCAAAGAAAGUCAUGAUCUGCAUGCCUUUAGGGGGACCAGAGCUCUCCCUCGCAUCUUAUUCCAUACAGAAGAGCUCCCAGCAAUCAAUGGGUUCUCAUCACCACACGGUUUUACCGUCACAGUUAGCGCACCAGCAUCAGUAUGGCAGCCACAACCCUCACAUGCCUUCUGGAUCCAGCACGUUACCCAUUCACUCUUCAGGUUGCCGCAUGAUCGAGGAGUUGAAUAAGACACUAGCCAUGACCAUGCAGAGGCUAGAAAGCUCUGGUUUACAUGGGGGUGACAAUGUCACAAAAAGUGGACCUGGGGGCCUUUCAGACAUGAGACAAGUGCCAACCGUUGUGAUCGAAUGCGAUGACAAUAAAGAAAAUGUGCCUCAUGAAUCUGACUAUGAAGAUUCUUCAUGCCUCUACACGAGAGAAGAAGAUGAUGAAGACGAAGAUGAAGAUGAUGAUAGCUCGUUAUUUACAAGUUCUCUUGCCAUGAAAGUCUGCAGGAAAGAUUCUUUAGCCAUCAAACUUAGCAACCGGCCAUCCAAACGAGAGCUGGAGGAGAAGAACAUCCUCCCCAUGCAGACAGAUGAGGAGAGGCUGGAGCUGAGGCAGCAAAUAGGGACCAAGCUGACAAGACGACUGAGCCAGAGGCCAACGGCUGAAGAAUUGGAGCAGAGGAACAUUCUUAAACCCCGGAAUGAGCAAGAGGAGCAGGAAGAAAAACGGGAAAUAAAGAGAAGAUUAACACGCAAGUUAAGUCAAAGGCCUACAGUGGAAGAGUUGCGUGAGAGGAAAAUUCUCAUCCGCUUUAGCGAUUACGUGGAAGUGGCAGAUGCUCAGGAUUAUGACAGGCGGGCCGAUAAACCAUGGACACGGCUCACAGCUGCUGACAAAGCCGCAAUUCGCAAAGAGCUCAACGAAUUUAAAAGCACUGAAAUGGAAGUUCAUGAAUUAAGCAGGCAUUUAACAAGGUUUCAUAGGCCAUAAAAACUGCGUGUUCCACCAUCUUCAAGACGCAACUGAAAAGAACCACAAGUGCUGGUACUGCUCAUCUCUCCAUUGUGUACAAUGUAAAUCUUCUGAACUGCCUUUUUAAAAUAACGUUUAAAACAAGGUUUUCCUCUACUGGGUAGAACUAUGUCAUAAAACCUGUUGGCACAACAUUCAGCAACUCCAACCACCCAAGGCAAGAAUCAUGCCAAAAGAUGGCACUUAUAUUUAAAACAGUGCUGUGUGGAUUCCUUCAUAUGCACCCAAGACCUGCUAUUCAUCAUACCGUCUUUUCUCCAGUGACCUGCGAACUCACUUCAGGCAUUUUUUCCACCAGACUCCAAAGAAAGCUGAAGCCCUUGGUGUCAUCUUGGGCAUGAACACGUUGGACAAAAGCUCAAACAAGGCCUGUUAUCCUUCUGGGUCAGCACUUCUUUCUGUCUGAGAGCACCUUAGAAAGAUGAGAACGGGUACAGAGACCCACUCUGAGGAAACUACCUGUUUUUGACAGUUUUCAAGAAUCAUACCUGGAGGAUCCUUGGCUGGCUGUUGCCUUUUGGUUUUGCGAGGAAAACACAAGAAGGGUUCUUCAUCAUCCAUCUCACUCAGUGGACUCCUUCACUGCAGAAAGCCAUUUUUGAAAAUAUUCCAGCUGCUACAGGGAUUCUUGGUAACACUUUACCUUUGCCAUGAGAACUGGAUGGGCUGCCUUUGACUUGGUUUGGGUUGAAGCUGUCGUUUUUCUCUGGGUGGUGUGGCAGCUCUACAGAGAUGGCACACCAACCUUCUGUGGUUCCUCCAAGUUCCUCCAGCAGCGCUGGACUACAACUCUCAUAAAACACUAGCCAAUUCUGGAGUUGUAGUCCAACAUAUCUGGAAAGCAUUAGGCUGGAGGAAGUUGCUGGAAGGUUCAAGGCAGAGGCAUAAGGUCAAGAUAAUGGUAGGGUCAAUUUUACUUUGUAUGCAUGACCUUU